GAGAGAGAGAGCUUACGCAGUCACAGCUCCUCCGCCAUUCGUCCAGACUGUCGACUGAACCGGGAGGGCCAGGACCGAACCGCCGCAGAACCGGAGCCCGUCGUUAUCUUCCCCUGUUUCUCUCUGUGAGAUACCCCACUCCGUAGCGACAACAUGCGUGAGAUAGUGCAUCUGCAGGCCGGGCAGUGCGGUAACCAGAUUGGAGCAAAGUUCUGGGAGGUGAUCAGUGACGAGCACGGCAUCGACCCUACAGGAACUUACCAUGGAGACAGCGACCUGCAGCUGGACAGAAUCAAUGUCUACUAUAAUGAGGCUUCAGGUGGGAAGUACGUGCCAAGGGCCAUCCUUGUGGAUCUGGAGCCAGGCACCAUGGACUCCGUGCGCUCUGGCCCCUUUGGACAGAUCUUCAGACCUGACAACUUUGUUUUUGGCCAGAGUGGAGCUGGAAACAACUGGGCAAAGGGUCACUACACAGAGGGGGCAGAGCUGGUGGACUCAGUCCUGGAUGUGGUGAGGAAGGAGGCUGAGAGCUGCGACUGCCUUCAGGGUUUCCAGCUGACACACUCUCUGGGUGGGGGUACCGGUUCUGGUAUGGGAACUCUGCUCAUCAGCAAGAUCCGAGAGGAGUACCCCGACCGUAUCAUGAACACAUUUAGCGUGGUGCCAUCCCCUAAGGUGUCAGACACAGUCGUGGAGCCGUACAACGCCACCCUGUCUGUCCACCAGCUUGUCGAGAACACAGACGAGACCUACUGUAUCGACAACGAGGCCCUGUAUGACAUCUGCUUCCGCACCCUCAAGUUGACCACACCCACUUACGGAGACCUGAACCACCUGGUCUCUGCCACCAUGAGCGGUGUGACAACCUGCCUGCGUUUCCCUGGCCAGCUGAAUGCUGACCUCCGCAAACUGGCUGUCAACAUGGUGCCCUUCCCACGUCUGCACUUCUUCAUGCCCGGCUUCGCCCCACUCACCAGCAGAGGCAGCCAGCAGUACAGAGCGCUCUCAGUGCCUGAGCUCACACAGCAAAUGUUUGAUGCCAAAAACAUGAUGGCCGCCUGCGACCCACGCCACGGCCGCUACCUGACUGUAGCUGCUGUCUUCCGUGGCCGCAUGUCCAUGAAGGAGGUGGAUGAGCAGAUGCUGAAUGUGCAGAACAAGAACAGCAGCUACUUUGUGGAGUGGAUCCCCAAUAAUGUGAAGACGGCCGUGUGUGACAUCCCUCCCCGCGGUCUCAAGAUGGCAGCGACCUUCAUCGGAAACAGCACCGCCAUCCAGGAGCUGUUCAAGCGCAUCUCCGAGCAGUUCACCGCCAUGUUCCGCCGCAAGGCCUUCCUUCACUGGUACACAGGCGAAGGCAUGGAUGAGAUGGAGUUCACAGAGGCAGAGAGCAACAUGAACGACUUGGUGUCUGAGUACCAGCAGUACCAGGACGCCACGGCCGAGGAGGGCGAGUUUGAGGAGGAAGGCGAGGAGGAGGUGGCCUGAGGCUGAAAACACUCAUCAUCAUUCCUCAUCUUCACUUGUCAUAAGUGCAUCCAUCCACUUAUCUCACUCCUUCUCUGCUUCUCGUUGUCCUUCUUUCUGUUACUCCCCUCCUCUCCCUAUAUUUUAUCCCUUUAUUCUGUUUUCUCUUUUCUCUCUCCCUGCCCCUCCCUUUGCUCCAGAGUAGGAUUCACAACACUAGGUCUUCACUUCACACAUGUCAGGUAGCUAACACAGGUGUGCUUGUGGUUUUUUGUCAGUAGUGCUUUGUUUAUGUUAAACAUUAUGUUUCAUACUUGGGUCAAGUAAAUCACACAAUAUUAUAACUUGUCUAAUUUGGCAUCAAUCUGAAUAAAUUUGUUGUUAAAACAUC